AUGAAAGUCGUAGAAGAAGCCUCAACAACGUUCGACAAGUGCAUGGACACGCGUGCAUUUGCCCAGGGGGAAUACGAUCAAUUCAAAUCGUCGCUUCAACGCGUUACCGCCUGCGCCACGGAGAUCGCGUCUAGGUCACAGCCCACCAUGGAUCCUGUCGGAAGGGGUUUGUUCUUGUGGAGAAGAUUGAAAGACACCGUUGAUUGUCACCGCGAUACUCAAGCGCUUAUACACGACUUGGAGUUGUGCCUGAUGCGAGCUUCUCAUUCUCGAGCACAAUACGAGUUACAAGGAAUUCGUUGA